GAACCACUGUUCAAGGUGACAGAAUUUCAGGAAUUAAAUUGCAGUGUCUCAAUGUUAAUCUUAAAGCCAACACCUACGUAAUUAUAUAUAAUUUAGGAGCCUGCACGUAUCCUUAUAUUCAAGAACAAGAUCGCCAGUCAAACAAACCUCUGCCAGAGAGAAAUUUCCUUUAUUGCGUUGAAAAAGGUACGGCUGUGACCUGGACGUGUUUGCGCCAACAGGCGGGACGGAGGACGGGAUCUAGGCGUGUGUUGUGGGGAUCGCGUUCAUAGCCUGAUUCUCCCCGCUGCCGCCCAUUGAAAACUUGCUGGCGAAGGCAAACAAGGCGCCGACACCAAGAGAGAUACCAGGCAGCGAUUCACUCGUUUGGAAAGAAGUCUCAUCAAUGGCCACUAGCCUGAUAUUCGACACUCCUUCGGCUCGCUCUCGCUGUUGUGGUGGAGACGGGCCCCUUGGGACGAUAUCGACCUGCCCGCCGUUCCCGUAACUCGAGUCCAACUGCGACGCCGACUGCGGAGACAGCUCCUGGAGAUAGUAUAAACAUACAAGACGAAAUUGGAUACCGCCGGGGCUUUCUAGAAGCGUUGAUUAUCGAGUGUUGUGCGUAGUCCGGGCGAUGGACGGGGAGCCUCGAAAUGCCGCCUCGACCGCCUAUAGAGGUGAUGGAGCCGUGCCGGUGCAGAGGAGCCGGAGCCUGAGACGAUUGCUCUCGGGGAAGAAUGGGUCUCCUGCGCCUAUAACCUCUUCGCCUACCUCUAUGUACCCCUCCACGCCUAACUUUCCUGCGGCCCCUCGACCCCAACAACUCGCAAACGCCCAGAGACAAAGAGAUAUGGAACAAGACUCUCGCACACAGCGUUCAGCCUCGAACGAUUCCUAUCAUUCCAACCGAAACCCCUCCUCAUACACCGGAAACAAACGCCCGAUGCCUUCAGAGGCAGCACGUCUUCGCUCUUUAAACACUAGCCACCAAAGCCCAACCUACCCCGAAUCACCACUAUACCAACAGGAAAUGGCACCACCACGCGAGAACUUCUCGAGACCUAGACAGGCUAGCACGAAUAGAUCUGGGGAUCCUCCUCGAACAGCUCCCAGUUCAGGAUCCACGAUGCCACAACAGUCUCGGGGUGGAGCUUCAGCGACUCGACCUGGGUUUGGCCGUGAUAGAGGCUUUUCCGAAUCACCAGCCACCAUGGCAACGAGCCCAGCGUCUUCACACUCACUACGCAACGCAUAUUCUAUUCCUGAGCUUUCAGCAACAGAGAGGCAGCAGAAUGGCCCGGGCAACCUAGGUAACUCACGCAACGGAUUGAGAUUCAGAGACAACAGCCCUAACCCUGACUUGCGUCCAAACUUUGCGAGGGCGAGCAACGACGAAGAGGUCCGAGAAAGCCUCCGAUCUAUCCAAACUUCUGGCACUGGUACUACAUCUGCUACAUGGGAUACGCCCACCUCGUCAGUCUUCCUCGACACGGCGAGAAGUAGUGUCUUGAGCAAGGCCAGCUCGGCUAGGUCCGUAAACGGGAGAGAUCAGAUUGACGAUUUCCUUGACAUGUACGAAAGUGGAUUUGGCGAGUCUGAGGCAGAGACAGAGGACGAACUCCGCCAAAAUAGACCGGCAACUAGCCGAUCUAUCCAAUCUGAAAUGGGUAACCAACAAUCAAUUCCUGAACUUGACGGCCUCGAUCUUGCCGUACCCAAACUUCAACACAUGAUCAUUCGCGAUUCUGCAGACAUGUUCAGAACCGCCACCGCCUACGUUGAUCCUUUCAAUGCCGAUGCACAAAACGACAAUGGCUCCAACCAAAACCAGCCAGUCCCAGGAAUCUCCAGACAACCAUCUGGGCGUGGAGUCAUCGGAGCACAGUACUCCAAAUUUGACGAUACGCGCGACCAUUAUGGGUUUAAGAAGAAGUCAUUGCAUGUUCCCCUUGACGUCUAUGAAGCCUGGAACCGCCAGUAUACAGUCUACCUGGCACGCCGCCGCAGAAAGUGGGUUGACAUUAUGAAGGCCAAUGGACUCGGCAGCGAGGACCCGACCCGCUUCCCACCGAAGUCCCAUAAAAUGAAGCGAUGUGUCCGCAAAGGUAUCCCGCCCGACUGGCGAGGAGAAGCCUGGUUCUUCUAUUCCGGCGGCCAUGCGAUCCUGGCGAAGCAUCCCGGUGUCUACGAUGACCUCGUCCGACGCUCUGCGAAUGGAGAUCUUUCCCCAACCGAUGAGGAACUUAUCGAGCGCGACCUGCACCGAACUUUCCCGGACAACAUCAUGUUCAAGCCCGACCCAGUUGUCAUCCCAUCUUUCCUACUGACUGGUCCGGACGCCAUGACGCCGCCAGAUCCAGCCGCUGUCACGGAGACGCCCAUGUUGAAGUCACUCCGCCGUGUCUUGCAAGCAACCGCGAUCUACAACCCCAAGAUCGGCUACUGCCAGAGCCUCAAUUUCCUUGCCGGCCUCCUUCUGCUUUUCAUGUGCGAGGAGCGCGCUUUCUGGAUGCUCGAUCUGAUAACCAAGGAAUAUCUCCCCAACACGCACGAAGUGAACCUCGAAGGUGCGAAUGUCGACCUCGGAGUCUUGAUGAUGGGUGUCCAGGAGUCCAUGCCUGCUGUUUGGGCCAAGAUUGGAGGUGAAUUGGACGGAAGCUCCGGUGCGAGUCAGCGCGGAGUUCCCUUCGAUCUGCCGCCUAUCACUCUAUGCUGUACGGCAUGGUUUAUGUCUUGCUUCAUCGGCACCCUUCCGAUCGAGACUACGCUCCGGGUUUGGGAUUCUUUCUUCUUCGAGGGAAGCAAGACGCUCUUCCGUAUCGCACUCGCCGUGUUCAAGGUUGGCGAAACAGAGAUCAGAGCCGUCAAUGACCCAAUGGAGGUCUUCCAAGUUGUGCAGACGAUUCCGCGUAGAUUGGUCGAUGCGAACGCUCUUAUGGAGGCAUGCUAUCGCCGCCGCAAUGGGUUUGGUCAUGUGACGCAAGAUACUAUUGAUGCGAGACGCGCUGAGAGGAGGCAGAUAUAUGCCGAUAAUCGGGCUGAGAAGGCGGGAGAGCGAGAGCGCGAGCGACCAACGAGCAAGAGGUCCAAUCUGAGCAAGACGUCCAAUCGGUUUUUUUCUAUUCGUGGCAAGAAAUGACUAUCAAAGCUCAAGACAAAGCUCAAGAUAAAGCGCAGGGAGAGUUCGUUUUUAUGACAGAAAGUUGUCUGACGAGAUGCGCGGUUUCUUUAUGUAUUUCCUUUCGGGACAACAAGUAGGGGGUGCAUUAUGGGGUAUAUGGGACAAGGAGAGUGGUAUGGGAUGCAUUGUGGGGUAUAAGGGGUAGGAAGAGCGGUAUGGAAUGCAUGGUCUGGGUUACGUUAUGGAUGGGUUGGUAUCAUUCAGAUGGGCGACUUUGAUCAGAAGGAGUUGUGGUGAUGGAGGCGUAUGUGUAUCAUAGACAGGACCUAAAUAUUACGAGGUAACGAAGAAUGCAAAAGGAAA